AUGUGUUCAUAUAUAUAUAGGUGAGGCCCACAAUACUCCAAUCCAGGAUCAGUGUAAAGAGGGCGAGGCAUCUCAUCUCUCAUCUCCCCUUUACUCACUCCAUCCUCUGUAAAAGUGCAUGUUUGUAGGCACUUCCUCAUUUACACAACACCAACCGUUCUCUUGAAUCUCUUCUCCAAUGGCCAAAAGCAGAAAUCCCAGAAAGCACACCAAAGAGAAACAACACCACCAUUCUCAGAAACAGGAGAAACCUCAUUCAUGGGCAGCUGUGAGAAGCCUCUUCACUUGCAAGUACCUCCAAGUACAGCAGCAGCAGCAGCAGCAGCAGCAGCAGCAGGAAGAGUUCCAGAAGCAGAAAAAGCAAGAACAGAAGCAGAAGCAGAAGCUGAAAGAAGAAGAGGAGACAGUUUCAAGCAGGCAGAAAUGCAAGAAACAGAUGAAACUAGAAGGGAAGAAAGAGCAAAGUCUUGAGGAGAUGAACAAGAAGUGCAAGAAAAUGAAGUGCUCAGGCUCACUUUGCAGCAACACAAAAGUCAUGCAGAAGCCUGAGCUUUCAUCUCCUGAAGAACAGAAGAAGAGGGCUCUAAUUUCCAGCACUACUGAAAGUGAUGCUUCCAAUAGAUCCAUCAAGACUGCUACUACUUUAAGUGAUCUCAAUGGUGGUGCAGUGGUUUCCAAUUCUUCCUCUUCCUCCUCAUCUUCAUUCACCGUGCCCUCUGCUUCUCCUUCCAUUUCUGGAUCUUUCCGAAAUAUGCCUUUCAGGAAACUCUCAGGCUGCUAUGAGUGUAGAAUGGUGGUGGAUCCUGUUCUUGGAAUGACAAGAGAUCCUUCUUUGAGGACUACUAUUUGUUCUUGCCCUGAAUGUGGUGAAAUCUUCAUGAAACCUGAGAAUCUGGAGCUUCAUCAGGCUGUCAGGCAUGCUGUAUCUGAAUUGGGCCCUGAAGACACAAGCAAGAACAUCGUGGAAAUCAUAUUCCAGUCAAGCUGGCUCAAGAAACAGGCCCCAGUUUGCAAAAUAGACCGCAUACUAAAAGUCCAAAAUACUCCCAAAACCAUCUCAAAAUUUGAGGAGUACAGGGACGCCAUCAAGGCCAAAGCCACCAGGCUGCCCAAGAAACACCCCCGCUGCCUCGCUGACGGCAAUGAACUCCUCAGGUUCCACUGCACCACCUUGAUGUGCUCACUAGGCCUAAAUGGCUCAUCCAACUUGUGCAACUCCAUUCCAAACUGUAUAUUAACAACUGCAACAAGUGGAAAAGCUCAUGAUAGCUGUAGUGUGGCAUUGGAUGAGGGGAAGAGGGCUAUGCUGGUUUGCCGGGUGAUUGCCGGACGAGUCAAGAAGAACCCGGAAGGCAAUAUGGAGGAUUAUGACUCGGUGGCCGGAGCUGCCGGAGUUUACUCUAAUUUGGAUGAAUUGUAUAUUGACUGCACCGCUAAGCCUGUCUCUGAGGGUUCUCUUACAGAACAGCUUGAUGGCGAGGUUUACGCCUGGUUUCUGAACACUUGA